AAAGUUCUCUGUUUGGAUCCUGUAGGUGGACCGGACCGUGUUUUUGAAGAACUGUUUAGUGUCUGAUUCUGAAUGGCAGUGAUGUUGAACAGCAGCAGUACUACAACAUUCAGCCCUGAAUUAAAUUCUACAACUGAAUUUGAUUACAGUGAUGUUACUGGACCAUGUGAAUACAGCCGCCAUUCAACCACAUUCCCGCUGCUCUACUCUGUGUUCUUCGUGGUGGGUUUGUUGGCCAACCUGCUGGUGCUGUGGGUGAUCCUGAGAGGUUCUCAGAUUAAAACCCUGACUGACGUGUCUCUCCUGAACCUGAUCAUUUCUGACCUUCUGCUAAUCUCCACUCUCCCCUUUUUGGCUCAUUAUGCCAGAGAUCACUGGGUUUUUGGUAGCUUCAUGUGCACCCUGGUCCUCAGCGUGUACCACAUUGGGUUUUAUGCCGGCAUUUUCUUUAUUGUGCUGAUGAGCAUCGACAGAUACUUGGCGAUCGUCCAUGUCAUGUCCUCCUUGAGAAUCCGUACAAAGACUUAUGGGAUUUUAGCGAGCAUCUUCAUCUGGAUUCUCGCGGUUGCGUCUUCAUUUCCUGAACUACGGUAUCUUGGAGUCAUAAACAAUGGAACUAAAACACGUUGCAGCGCGUAUCCAGAAAAUAAUCACCAUGAUAUAAAAAGUGGGUCUAUCUUUAAAAUGAAUGUUUUGGGGCUGCUGAUUCCACUGAGCAUUUUAGGAUUUUGUUACUUCAUGAUCCUCCGGAGGCUUCAUACCCUUCGUACUUCUACAAAACUGGCUAUUCGUCUUGUUAUUGUGGUCAUAGUGGCGUUCUUCUGCUGCUGGAUACCGUACAACAUUGCAGCGUUCCUCAAGGCACUGGAACUGAAGCGCAUCCUGACUCCAGGGUGUAAACUCAGCAAAACCAUCCAGCUGCUGCUGCAGAUCACCGAAGCUGUGGCGUAUUCACACAGCUGCCUCAAUCCGUUCCUCUACGUGUUUGUGGGUGAAAAAUUCAGGAAGCAUUUCGCCAGACUCCUCCUCCAGACACCAUGCAGCCAUGUGCAGUGUAUGAAACACUGCAUGACCCAACUUGCAGCUUCAGUGUAUUCACAGACCCCGAGUGUGGAUGAAAGACAUAUGGAUGGAAACCAGCAUAUAGAAACACCUACAUAAGAUAGAAGUAAGAAAAACAAGCUUGUAUUUACAUGUGUAAUUUACACCAUAUGGACAAAAUAUUGGGACACCAGACUUUUCCAGCCAUAUGCAGUUCUUCCCCAAACUGUUACCACAAAUUAAAAAAUAGUAUAUUUUCCUGCUCUUUGGUCGUAGUCUUGCUUUUUCUACUUUUAAUUUUAUAUAUUUACUCAGAAAUCCAUAUAUAUUCAACAUUUAAAAAUUUUAAAACUUAAAUUUAUUUAUAUUUGCAUAAUUUCUUUAUUUCUAUUUUCAAAGAUUUGCUAUUAUUUAGAAAAUGUUUUUUUACAGUGAAUGUUUUUUACCUUCAUGUUGUAUUUGAGUGCCUGUUUAUUUGUGUACCAUGUGGAAUAUAAAUAAAAACGUUGUGUUGAUUUA